GUAUGGCAAGGUUGGGUACCCCUUUUUAAUUUAUGUUUUAACUUACCGAUGGAGAGAUCUUAUUUCUAAAAGUGUAAAGAAAAUCUCAUCGUAACUUCAAUUUCAGAGGAAAUUACCUGGGUUCAUUUUCUUACAGCUUGUUAGAGAAUCACAUCGUAUAUAGAGAGGUUUUUUCGGGCUUAUUAAGUGAGGCGGUUUUGACAAACCCUCCGUACACGAUCACAAUGGCUAAUGCUGUGUUGACGACUAGAUUUGUCUUAACCAGUAGGGUUCAUUUUCAAACAUACAGGAAUUAAAAAGACGAUUUCACCUUACUCUACUUGAUGUUAUUCCAAAGUACAGCGCUAUCGACAUGUUCGCUCUAACAGAUCUAAGGGGCGUUUUCCUUUACGGAGUUUCCAUAAUUGCUUUCACUUUUUCCUCAUCUUCUUUUUACUCUCAUCACGGUUCGACCCUGAUUAACUCCACCUUUAAGUGGCUAGUAGCUGAAAAUCUCGGCGACUGCAACCUGAAAUGCUUUGACGAAGAAGGCUGUAUGAGCAUCAAUUACGAUCGAGAGAACAAGAAAUGCGAGCUGAACAACUCAACCAAAGAAACCCAUUCCACUCGACUAGUGCGCCAUGCAAGGUCUAUCUACGCCACAAUCAAAUCACCGCCAGUGUUUCCUGAAUGCAAGAACUACAAGCUCUUGUCGGACGCUAGCCGACACAAAAGCUUUUAUCAAGAUCAGCAAUUAUGCGACUGGAACCUGGUACCCGGAUGGUACCGGUUCGGCGGCGAAGCAGGCACGAUGAUGAUGAAUGAAUGCUUGCCAAAAUACGAUCGCUGUGGCGGUGGUUAUCUCGGCUGGAUGGACGGAACACUGCCUUUGUACGCUCACGGAAUUGUGAAGCGCAUUGCAUGCUUUUACCACGCGGGCAAUUGUUGCCAUUGGAUGGUGAAUAUUCGCGUUAGAAAUUGUGGCUUUUUCUACGUGUACGAGCUAAAGAAACCUCCUGUGUGUUAUCUCCGUUAUUGUGGAGAAUAAAGGAGCACAGAUAACUGAAUGAAUCACACUCGCACAUCACAGGCUUAGUCCGCAGGAAAUCCUAAAUAGGAACAAGGCACCACUAGAGGCUGUGAAUGGCCAUGAAAAAAUAUUCAAAUCACACAUCCCUAGAAUGAGAUUCAGUUAAAUCUCGGUUUUUGUGAAGAGAGGAAAUCUCGUUGUUAUCUGGUUUCAGGCGUUUUUUUGUCGUUCUAUUAAACCAAUUAAACGCUUCGCUUCUUGUUUGAAAAAAAACUAUUGGGAAGGCACAUGAAAGGUGGGGUGGGAGGGCAAACGCAAAGCUUGCUGACCCAUCUUAUUAUACUGUCAUAACAGUGAUAUUAAGUUUUUAUAUUUUUUUAUUGGCUACAAGCUAAGUAUUAAAUACGGCACCUUAAACAUUUUUAAUAAGCAUUAUAUAAGCACGGCAUAGCAAUAUUGGAAGUGUUUGUAUGUUAUGAUGAUUAUUUGCUAAAUUCUUUUGUGUACAGUACGGUACAAAUAAACAAGCCUAAGCCUUA